GAGUGAGCGUGGGAGAUCUGGAUUGUAGGUCACGUUCGCAACAUGAUUCGAACUGUCAUUCGUGGCCGUAAUAGUUCGCAGUUCCUUAAAAAGUGAACUUUUGGCAAAAGUAUUCAAAGUCAAAUAAAAUGACGCGAAUUCGCUGUACAUUCUGUGAUAUGAGUUUUGUAAAACCAUCUCGAUUGGAGGCACACCUACGAAUUCAUACUGGAGAGCGCCCGUAUACUUGUGGCUGUGGUAAAGCCUACACGCGUAAACAACAUUUAACUCGUCAUGUUCCAAAAUGCGUUAAAUCUGUUUUUUCGGAAGAUGACUUACCUCGACAAGAAUCUGUUGGAAAAGUGAAGAAGUACUCAUGUCCGCAGUGUUCUGCUGGCCCUUUUCAGAAAAAGAGAAUGGUAUGGGCUCAUAUGGCUAUAGUACAUCGUGAACGGAAACACGUAUGCGACAAAUGUGAUCGAGCCUUUCCUACUAUAUCGAAGCUCAAACGUCAUUCUUUGAAACACCAUGGUUACAUAUGUGAUCUGUGUCAUGAACAAACGCCUUUUGAUCAUCAGAAUACUGGUUCAAAUGGACCCUCAGCUGUUCGUUUUCAAAACUUUACGUCUUUGAGACGCCACAUUGCUCAGGCACAUCCGAAACCACCCUUACAAUGUCCUACAUGUAGUAUGCGCUUUACAAGGCCUAGUGCACUAUCAGAGCACGAAGCUACUCACACUCCUGGAGGGCCUUCAGCUAGGCGAAGAUUUAUAUGCCCUGUAUGUCCACCUAACCAUAUCGGUGAUCAGAAUAACUCUGUCUCACAAGGAGAUCACAUUGUUGCAUUUACAGCCAAAAGAAAUUUAGAUGCUCAUAUGCGGUCAGUACAUGGUAACUUCAAAUUUCGAUGUACUUGGCGUGGAUGUCCUGUGAUAUUAUCCACUAAACAAAAGUUGAAUGAACAUCUGGAACGUCAUCGGUCAGGGAAACCGGUUGCCUUCAAAAGUCGAUAUAAACGUAGUUCACUUGAGUUAAAUGGUAGUGUACGAAAAAAUGAUAGAAAAAACAUAUCUAGUGAUGAAGACUGUUGGGAAACAGCCAGUCAAAAUAGCGUAGUAGCAGCACUAUUGACUGACCAUGUUGAUUGUACAGUUGAGUAACUUUCAUAAAGUGUUUACCAUUCUGUAUCAUUGCUGUGAAUAAUUUAUUAGACCGUGCGCUAAAUGCAUCGCAAAAACAUUUUUCCUAUCGAAUAUCGACAUACUUGUGUUUGUGUAAAUAUAUUUCGAUUCCAAUAACUUACUCAGAGAUACAUAUUUUGGUAAAAUGGAAUUAUUGUUCCCUCUAAAUACUAAAUAGUGUUUUACUUUCUGUGAGUAAUAAAUGCGUUCUGAGGUUUUGUG